CUUGGACAAACAGACUGACCAACAACUUACCGUCUUAUAUUCCAUUGUGUUUUCAUCUUUAUCAUCUGCUAGAAUACUGGACAAAAAAAACAAAACAAAAAAAGACUCAUUGUUCUCUGCUAGUUUUUGUUUUUAUUUUUCCAGUUGAAGAAGCACCAGCAGUGUAUUUCCAAAAUGGAUAGAUUUGGGUUAAGAACUGUAUUACUGUUAUAUUGUGCAGUAAUAUGUGUUUCUGGCAUGAAAAGAGAAUACUUUUUCAAGAUAGAAGAAGUAUCUUGGAACUAUGCACCAAGUGGGAAGAACAUCAUUCAGAACCUCACGCUGCAGGAAGAUGCACAAGCCUCAGUAUUUUUAACAAGAGGUCCCCAACGUAUUGGCUCUAUCUACAAGAAAGCAGUUUAUAAGCAAUACAGCGACGCCACCUACAGGACAGAAGUAACGAAGCCAGAAUGGCUGGGCUACCUGGGACCUCUGUUGAUGGCUGAGGAUGGAGAUACAGUAAUUGUCCACUUAAGAAACUCAGCAUCCAGACCAUACAGCAUCCAUCCACAUGGACUGAACUACAGCAAAGGCAACGAGGGAGCCUUGUAUCCAGAUGGCACUGAUCAAGCGCUGAAGAAGGAUGACUCAGUGGCUCCUGGUACAACAUUUACUUAUGAGUGGACCCUCCCAGAAUCCCACAGCCCAGCAUCUGAGGACAGUAACUGCUUGACCAGGUUCUAUCACUCUCAUGUGCGCCCACCAAAAGACAUCAACUCAGGACUGAUAGGUCCCCUUCUCAUCUGCAAGAGAGGAACUCUGGACGUGCAUGGUGAUAGGUCAGCAGACUACACGUAUGCUAUGCUGUUCAUGGUGUCAGAUGAGAACUUCAGCUGGUAUCUGGAUGAAAACAUCAGGACAUACAUCACAAAUCCUGCCAAAGACCUAAAGGAGGAUGAAGAUUUCAUUGAGAGUAACAAGAUGCAUGGAAUAAAUGGUUUUCUGUAUGGUAAUUUACCUGGACUGAGCAUGUGCCAAGGCAACAAGAUCCACUGGCAUAUGAUUGGAUUAGGCAAUGAGGUGGACAUACAUUCAGUUCAUUUCCAUGGCCAGAUCUUGACUACUCUGAACCAUCAUACAGACACAGUCAGUCUUUUCCCAGCCUCCAGCACUACAGCCGAGAUGGUGGCUGACAACCCUGGACACUGGCUACUCACAUGCACUGUCAAUGACCAUUUGAUGGCUGGAAUGCAGGCUUUAUUUGAGAUCAAAAAGUGCUUUCCAAAUGUCCAUAAGCCCCGGCCUCAUGGUGAGCUCAGACAGUUCUUUAUUGCCGCCGAAGAAGAGGUCUGGGACUAUGCUCCUACAGUACCUAGAGAGAGUGAGGCAGGCACAUUUGUAACCAAAGGUCCAAACCGCAUCGGAAGCCGCUAUAAGAAGGCCCGCUAUGUGGAAUACACUGACAACAGCUUCACAACAAAGAUGCUACGCAGCCCAGAGGAGCAACACCUUGGAAUUCUGGGUCCUGUGCUGCGAGCUGAAGAAAAAGACACCAUCAAGGUGGUGUUUAAGAACAAAGCCAGCCGACCUUACACGAUACAGCCACAUGGAGUACAGUACAGUAUAGAACAAGAUGGGACACUCUACUAUAAUGAGCUGGAAGAAUCAUACACAGCAAAGAAACUACGGGAGCUCAAAAAUGAGCCAAGAAUAGUGACUCCUCCUCCCGCUGCUCAGGUGAGACCUGGGACAGUGUACACGUAUGAGUGGUCGGUUCCUGUCGGGGCUGGUCCUGUAGAUGGGGAGGCUGACUGUCUGACCUAUCUGUACUACUCUGCUGUGAACCCUGUUGAAGACACCAAUUCUGGGCUGGUUGGGCCUCUCCUUAUCUGCCGACCUGGAUCUCUGAAGAAAGAAGUACAGAAAAAUUAUAAUAAAGAGUUUCACCUCAUGGCCACAGUGUUUGAUGAGAACCUCAGCUGGUAUCUGGAUGAGAACAUCAAGACUUUCACCACCACUCCUAAAACCGUCAACAAAGAGGACGAAGGGUUCAUGAAGAGCAACAAAAUGCAUGCCAUCAAUGGGUUUGUGUAUGGCAACCUACCUGGCCUGACCAUGUGUAAGGGGGAUAAAGUCACAUGGCACCUGUCAGGCCUGGGUUCAGAGACGGACAUCAUUAGUCUUUACUUCCAGGGCAACCGCAUCCUCUACCGCCAAAACAGACGAGACACUAUCAGUGUUUUCCCACACAUCUCUCACACUGUCACUAUGGAGCCAGACAGCAUGGGUGACUUUGAAGUGGUGUCUGCUACAGUGAACCAUUAUCGUAAUGGAAUGCGAGCCAAUUACACUGUGCAGAAAUGUGGCCUGUUUCAGCGUCAGGGUGAGGUGAUGCUCCAUUCGAAGACUUUCUACAUUGCUGCUGUGGAAAUGGACUGGGACUAUUCUCCAAACCGCACCUGGGAAGCAGAGUUUUUCCGCGGAGCAGAAGAGAACCAUGCCAUUGCGUUCGUGGACCAGACUGGUGGAUUUAUAGGCUCUCGUUACAAGAAGGUUGUCUACCGAGAGUUUACCAACGACAAGUUUACUAAGGCGGUGGAAAGAGCAGCUGAUAUGGAACACCUUGGCAUUAUGGGUCCAAUGAUUCAUGCUAAUGUGGGGGACAAAGUUAAAAUUGUUUUUAAAAAUAUGGCAUCAAGACCUUAUUCUGUUCAUGCCCAUGGAGUCAAGACAGAAUCUCCUGACGUGUAUCAAACUAAACCAGGUGAAACUCACACAUACACCUGGUAUGUCAACAAGAAUACAGGACCUACCACAGAGCAAGAGGAGUGCUCUGUGUCCGCAUACUACUCCACUGUAGAUGUUGUAAAGGACCUUUACAGUGGACUGAUUGGUCCUUUGGUGAUUUGCCGCCGUAGUUGGGCCAGGAGUCUCGGACUAAAGAAGGAAGUAGAAGAGUUUGCACUGCUUUUCUUGGUUUUUGAUGAGAAUGAAAGCUGGUAUUUGGAAGAAAAUAUCAGGAGACAAAUCAGGACUCCUCGUCCAAACUUGAAGGAUGAUGAAGUCUUCAUAGAGAGCAACAAGAUGCACGCCAUUAACGGUUAUGUGUAUGGUAACCUGAAUGGUUUGAACAUGGAAGUGGGUGAUAAAGUUUACUGGUACCUGAUGGCAAUGGGUAAUGAGGUGGACAUACACACUGUUCACUGGCAUGGCCACAGCGUGGAAUAUAAGCUGGGGGGAGGCCGUCACACUGUCGACUCAUAUGAGCUGUUUCCAGCCACCUUCCAGACAGUAAAAAUGCGUCCUCAGUAUCCUGGUACUUGGCUGCUCCACUGUCACGUCAUUGACCACAUUAAAGCUGGAAUGGAAACACUGUAUACUGUCACUGAAAAAGCUCAGAAGAGGGGACGCUGAAUCCCUGAGGAAAAGGAAUCCAUAAGCAAGCAAACAGUGACCAGUUCAAUGUUGAUUUCUGUUUCCCAAAUGUCUAAAUGAGUUUAUGAAAUCAGUUCAAUAUGAUUGACUACUGGCAUAAGCUAGACACAGAAUGCAUCAUUAAUCAUUCCAUACUGAAAUUUUUUAACAUUCACCUUAUGUUUCAUGUUUUAUGUUUCUGCAGAAUCAACUCUAGACUGUUGUGAAAAAGGAAAUAUUAAAGCUGUAAAAAUUUUA